UGCACGGCGCAGCUGGAGCAUAUGGGUGGAGAUCUGGCUCGCCCUGAGUUAAUGGUUAUAUUCCUGUCCAUUCCCAGUCCCGUGCUCUUUGAACGCUGGUGACGCUCGUUCCUCAGUCUUAUACACCUACCGAUUAACAUACGUUGACGGUUUCCGAAACACAUACGCCAUCACGAUGAGGUCCCCGCCGCCCGAGGUCCUUGCGACAUGGCCCAAGCCGAACUACGUCGACCCGACCACGAGGGGUUCGGGUUUGAUGAUAGUCGAGUUGACACUAUUACCGAUUGCUAUGAUUGUUGUAUUUCUCCGACUUUGGGUACGGAUAGCAUGGUUGAAGAAGAGCUGGUAUGACGACUACCUCAUGAUUGUGGCAAUGGUCUUCAGCAUCGGCACAACAGUCAUUGUCAUUAUGGCAUCCCAACUCUAUGGUUGGGAUCGCCACGUUUGGGACCUCACACCGCACGAGAUGAUGGUUGGUAGACAGGCAUCCAUGGCAGGUCAGACAUUAUUCGUCCUUGCUUCUUCCACGGUCAAGAUGUCUAUCCUCGUAUCGUACUUUCGCAUCGCACCAGAAAAGUCACUGUUCCGCAAGCUCGUCUGGGCAACCUUUGCGCUUGUAUUCGCCGCCUUUGUUGUCUUCCUAGUUGCACUCUGGGUACAAUGCAUUCCAAUCUCCAGCUACUGGGAGCUCAAAGCCGACCACCGUGACUGCAUUCCUGAGGGACCACCACUAGUCGUCCAAAGUGUACUCAACGUGGUGACCGACUUUAUGAUCUACGCACUUCCGAUCCCUACGCUAUUCACACUCUCGCUACCAUGGACUCAACGCGUCGGCCUUGUCGUUCUCUUCUCCGUCGGUGGCGUCAUUGUCGUUGCGAGCAGCUUCCGAGCCUACUGGGUCCACUACACACUCUUCGAGACAUAUGACUCCACUUGGGAAGGAUACCAGAUCUGGCUUUGGACCGCCGUUGAAACAAACGUCGGUGUCAUCUGCGGGUGUAUCCCAGCGCUCAAGCCAUUACUCUUCCCCCACCGGGCAAGAGCGCAGGGUUCCAAGUACGGCAACAACUCGCAGAGCAGCAAAAGGAAGGAAAAGAUUACCCCUGUCAUCGACCAAGUCGAGAUGGAUACCCGAAAACUCACGGACAACGAUGAGACGCGGCCCGGGACCGCCAUUGCUCCGGUGCAUUACCGUCCCCUCUCGGAACGACCGAUGAGCGGCGAUACCGAUAAGAGUCGGUUUGAUAUCGAUAUAGAGCAGCAAAAAGCUUUCAUGUACUGAUCGCGUGGCGCAGUAUUUUCCAUUAUCUCUUAGUCUAAUAUGCACAUCCGUUCAGCGAGCGAUGUUCCAACGUCCAGUAGCUGGUAGACCCACAAAGGGCACCUUCUACGCAACUCACCU